AUGGACGCAAGGGGUCAGGCGGAUAACAUUACAUUCUUCAACGGGGUCUUUGCAAACGUGGAAGGUGUUGCACUGUUUUUUGACUGUUUGGGUUCUCAGUUCACCUGGCUCCAGUCCAUCUUUACCAGCUUCCCUGCACUGCUCAACUUUGUGAGCAAAAUGAGGUGUGUGACCGGCAUUUGCCCGAGAGAUUUCGAAGACUACGGCUGCACCUGCCGAUUUGAAAUGGAGGGUCUCCCCGCAGAUGAAUUUGAUGGCUGCUGUUUUGAGCACCGCAAGUGUUACGAAGAAGCAACAGAAGAGGAAUGUGUGUGGGAUCCUGCGAAGAUUUCGACGGAUGUCAGUUGCCUCACCAAAAACAUCACCUGCGAGUCUGACGAUGCCUGUGAACGCCUUCUCUGCAACUGUGACAAGGCAGCUAUUGAAUGCUUUCUGCAUUCCCACAUUAACUCUUCCUUGAACAGCAUGGAUGUUUCACUUUGUCCCUCUCUGGUUACAGAAACAGUCAGCGAGAGAAGUCAGACAACGCUUCAUGCUGCAGAGUUUCAGAACCAGAGGGCUGAAGAUACUCAACUGACAGAUACAUCUGUUGCAGAGGUUAUCCUACAGACCACAGAUGGGAUGGUUGUACAGGGUUCUGGAGCAGACCACAUUUCUCCUGAGUCCAGUGGCCUCUUGCUGAGAAACCCAGAAGAAGGUGUUAAUCCAGACAUGGAGAGCGGCGGAGGCCUCGAAACCCUCAGAGAUGGAGUUUGUGACCGGUUUACGUUCCUGCAAUUGAGAGACAACGGAAGAGUCAAGCAAGUGCUCCCACAGUUGGGGGAGAUGCUGUAUUGCUUAACCGACCGAUGCCCAGAAGACUUUGAGUUAUACGGAUGUUACUGUGGGCAGGAAGGAAGAGGACACCCAACAGACGAACUGGACAGGUGCUGCUUCUCUCAUCACUGCUGCCUGGAGCAAGUCAAGAAACUUGGAUGCCGUCCAGAAAGAAAUUCGCGAUCUGAGGUUGUGUGCUUUGAUCGCACGCCAAAGUGUAUCGGAUGGACGAUGUGUGAAAAGCUUCAGUGUUCCUGCGACAAGGCGGCAGCCGAGUGCAUGGCGGCCGCCUCUUUCAACGAAAGCAUGGGGUCUCCAAACAGACAAGCCUGUCCGGAGCCAGACGUUAAAUUGUUCUGCCGCAGGGGAGGGCCUGAAAGGCCCUUGAGCGGCGCUGGGACCAGCUCCAGAGCUUCCAGUGAGGAAGAGAGGAGCAGCGAGGAGGCCGAUCCGGCAAAGAGCCCUUUGGGAAGAAGGAAGAGGUCAGCACGCCUUGCCCGGGGAAUCUCCAGAGCUGUACGGCUGCAAAGAAGAUAA